AUGGGUGAACGCAAAGCUGUGAUCAAGAAUGCGGACAUGAGCAACGAUAUGCAAGAGGAUGCCGUGCAAACAGCGGCCUAUGCAAUUGACAAAUACCAAGUGGAGAAAGAUAUUGCCGCUCAUUUGAAGAAGGAAUUCGAUCGCCGGUACAAUCCAACAUGGCAUUGCAUUGUGGGAAAGAACUUUGGCAGCUAUGUGACACACGAAACACAAAACUUUAUCUAUUUCUACCUUCAAGAUCGUGCAUUUCUACUUUUCAAAUCUGGUUAA